AUGACUCAAGAGGAGGCCACUGCAAGCGCUGGCGUAUCUGAAGCCGAGGAGGUGGAGGCUUCCAGCGGGGAAGGGAAGAAGUUGAGCAUGGAGGAGAGGCAGAAGAAGCUGGAACAACUCCGCGCGAAGAUGCGAAGCUCAGCGCGCGACAACCGUGCGUCUGUGGUGGAAGAGUCGACGAAACUGAAGACAUCAGUCCGGGACGCGGCCAAGCUGGAGCGCCAACGGAAACUCGCCGAGACGCUCCGUUCGCAGGCUGAUGCGGAGGCACGUGGGGAGGAUGCUGAGCGGGCGAAGAACUGGGAGUGGACGGUGGAGGAGAACGACGAGUGGGAGAAGAAGCUGGCACGGAAGGCGAGGAGAGCGGAUUUCGAGUUUCAUGAUGAUGCACAUGCCGCGAGGAGGAAAUAUAAGAAAGAUAUUGACCGCCUGAAGCCGGACCUGGAGGCGUACAACCGCCAAAAGGAGAUCGCCCUCGGCCUCGCGCCCGGCACACUCGCAAAGGGUGGCCAGGGCUCCUCUUCCGGCGCAUCAUCUUCUGCCCUCUCGACCUUUGACCCGAGCGGUGGCGCUGGCCAGCUUGUGCCCUCAGAUACCGCACGGCAGCUGGCGUCCGAGUCGUUGUACCGCGACGCGAACAGUCUGCUAUACGCUGACAACAAGCCGAGCGAGGACGCUAUUGACCGUGUGGUCUCAAAGUUGAAUCUUGAUGCGGACAAGAAGCGCAAGUUCUCGAGGAAGCGGGCGAACGAGGACGAGGGCGAUAUCACGUAUAUCAACGAGCGCAACAGGAUAUUCAACAAGAAGAUUGCGAGGUACUACGACAAGUAUACUACGGAGAUCCGGAACAGCUUCGAGCGUGGCACUGCGCUCUAG